UUGGCUCACACUUCACACACAGACAGAGAGGAAUUUUUGCCUUUAUUCAUGUUCGCACUUCACAGUUCACGCCUUUUCUCUCAUUCUCUUUUAUCUUAUGAUUCCUUCUUUCUCCCCAAGUUGAUCUCCUGUCAUAGGAUAGGUGCACAAGAAGAACGCACCACCUUAGGCCUUAAGGCUAACCUCAUCCCCCAUUCAGUACUUAAUUGCAUUUUUCUGGCGUUUCCCUUUUAUGCAAUGACACUUUCUUUAUAUAUUGAGAAAAUAGUUCUUUCACUGUUAAUGCUCAUCUUCUUAUUCUUUUGUUUCGACUUCUGUUGCUGGUUCUCAAAGAUUUUCUAUUAGGAGUUGUUUUUUUAGCUUGGGCUUAGAGAAAGUUUUGGUUUUUAAGGAAGGUCUGAACUAAGAAAAAGGAAGAGAAAAAAUGGCAGGAGGAGGGGGUGGUGGUGGAGGAGGUGGAGGAGGAGGAGGUGGUGGCGGAGGAGCUGCACCACCACCAAAGCAAGAUGAAUUACAGCCGCAUCCAGUUAAGGAGCAGCUGCCUGGGGUUGCUUAUUGCAUUACUAGUCCUCCUCCUUGGCCUGAGGCUAUAUUAUUGGGAUUUCAACAUUACUUGGUGAUGCUUGGGACAACUGUUCUCAUACCAACCUCUCUAGUUCCUCAGAUGGGAGGCGGAAAUGAAGAGAAAGCAAAGAUGAUUCAGACAUUGCUAUUUGUGGCUGGGGUGAACACAUUGCUUCAAACAUUGUUUGGUACCCGUUUACCAGCAGUGAUUGGAGGUUCCUAUACCUAUAUGCCAACCACCAUUUCCAUCAUCUUGGCUGGCCGCUAUACUGACAUUGUAAAUCCUCAAGAGAAAUUUGAGAAGAUAAUGCGUGGAAUCCAAGGUGCCCUCAUUGUUGCCUCGACCCUUCAGAUUGUCCUCGGAUUUAGUGGCCUUUGGCGUAAUGUUGCAAGGUUCUUAAGUCCUCUGUCAGCUGUUCCCCUGGUUGCUCUCUCUGGCUUUGGACUCUAUGAGUUUGGAUUUCCUGUGCUUGCCAAAUGCAUAGAGAUAGGGUUACCAGAGAUCAUUCUUCUCUUAGUUUUUUCACAGUAUAUACCUCAUAUUACACGUGGGGAGCGGCAAGUGUUUGACCGCUUUGCUGUCAUAUUCUCAGUUGUGAUUGUGUGGAUAUAUGCUCACCUGCUGACUGUUGGUGGAGCAUAUAAGAACAGUGGACCAAAAACUCAAAUAAGCUGCCGGACCGAUCGCGCUGGGAUUAUAGGUGCUUCUCCUUGGAUAAGAGUUCCAUAUCCUUUUCAAUGGGGAGCUCCCACAUUCGAUGCUGGAGAAGCUUUUGCUAUGAUGGCAGCUUCAUUUGUUGCUUUAGUAGAGUCUACUGGUACCUUCCUUGCUGUUGCAAGAUAUGCAAGUGCAACUCCAAUGCCCCCUUCCAUUCUUAGCCGUGGUAUCGGUUGGCAGGGUAUUGGCAUUCUCUUUUCUGGGAUAUUUGGAACUGGGAAUGGGUCAUCCGUUUCAGUCGAGAAUGGCGGUUUGUUGGCAAUGACACGUGUCGGAAGUAGAAGAGUUGUCCAGAUAUCUGCAGGGUUCAUGAUCUUCUUCUCCAUCCUUGGAAAAUUCGGAGCUGUUUUCGCUUCAAUUCCAGCUCCAAUCAUUGCAGCUUUAUAUUGUCUUUUCUUUGGAUACGUUGGUUCAGGGGGUCUCAGCUUGCUUCAAUUCUGUAACUUAAACAACUUCAAAAUAAAGUUUAUAUUAGGUUUCUCUGUUUUCAUGGGACUAUCAAUACCGCAGUACUUCAACGAGUACACAGCAAUUAACGGUUUCGGUCCAGUUCACACCGGCGCCAGAUGGUUCAACGACAUGAUAAAUGUGCCGUUCUCAUCCGAAGCAUUUGUUGCGGGUUCAUUGGCGAUGUUUCUCGAUGUGACGUUGCACGGGAAAGAAAAUGCGACUAAGAGGGAACGUGGCAUGCACUUGUGGGAGAAGUUCAAAUCAUUUAAAAAAGAUGCAAGAAGUGAGGAGUUCUAUGCCUUGCCUUUCAAUCUCAACAAGUUCUUCCCAUCAGUGUGAAGUUGGACACAGCUUAUAAGCUUGAUGCUCAAGCCAUGCAUGCAACCUCAAUACUACGCUUCCAUCACUAGAAACUCCAUCUUUGCCCAUUUUCACCAAUUCCCGACUCCAUGAUGAAAAACAAACAUACGCUGGUGCAAAGUAGUGCUGCAAACAAAUAUGUACAUUCAGUGGUACUUCCAUAUCGCCUUAAAUCCCAAAAUGCUGAAUGCUAUUACAUUACAACUCACAAGCAGAUUAUUUAGGACAUCUUACAUAACCUAGUGCGUAUGUCCAUUAUUGGACUUUUAUUAAGGCCCAAUGAACCAUCUCCAAACUCUACCGUCCUUCAGAUUAUUGGGUUCAAAUUUAUUUGUAGUUUUCUCCUGCGGGUCAAUAUUUGAUGUUUGGUUUUUUCCA